GCGCUGGCGGUAGUCAUAGCCAACGAACCUCAUUCUCAGCCGCCAAAAUUGGGUACGGAGACGAAACCCUAGCUCGAUUGAUGAACGCAAAAUUAGGGACUCCAUGAAAGCGGGGAGGAAGAAUCUGCAGAGAGCAACGAAGGAGCAAGAUGUAACCCUUCAAGAUGGGGAAAGCAUUGUUCAAGUCGUCUCUCUCCGUGGUUCCAAUCUUAUUGAGGUGACAGAUGCAAAAGGCCUGAAUUCGCUGGCGUUGUUUCCGGCUAAGUUUCAGAAGACUAUGUGGAUAAAGCGAGGGAACUUCAUUAUCGUUGAUGACAGCGGAAAGGAUAAGGCACUCGAGUCAGGCAGCAAGGUGGCUUGUAUUGUUUCUCGAGUCCUCUCCUAUGAUCAAGUCCGAGUACUUCAGAAGUCUCCUCAGUGGCCUGAAGCUUUCAAGUCCCCGAUGUCGGAUGAGCCCAAUAAGAGUCCACAAGGACAGACCUCGCUAGGAGUAGAAGAAGAAGAGAACGACUCGGACUGCAGUGAAGAUGACGGCCUUCCCCUUUUGGAAGCAAAUACGAAUAGGAUCAGACCGUUUGAAUUGCAUGGGGAUACUGAAUCGGAUUCUGAUUCCGAUACUGAUUCUUGAAUAUUUUUCAAAGAGUUUAGAUUACAUGAAUAACAAGAAAUUCCUUAUUGCACGUUUGAGGAUCAUUUGAGCAUCAAAGUUGACAACAUGUAAAACUGUGAAUUUAGAUCAUAAUUAAUGAUGCCAAUUUGCAUUUCAUAA